CAUACUCUACUUCACACAAAGCCAUCGUAUACCCUUGCAAAGAUGGCAAAGAAGAAUGGAGGCGGUGGAUCACAGCUUGCACAGCUGAAAGCUCGUUUGGCAGGUGAAGGAAUAUCGGAUAGAAGACAGAUGAAACAAUCAGCAAAGAAGCGAAAGAGAGGUCAAGCAUCAUCAGAACGUGAUGAACAACAAGCAAGAAGAGAAAAGUUACAAAGGAUAGCAGAGUCUUCGCAAUUCAACCCAUUUGAAGAAAAGAUCACAAAGCCAAAAAAUGUAGUCCUUGGUAGACAUAUUCGUGGCGCUGUUGGAAAACCUGGUGAAGCUCGUCAAGGUGGCUUGCGAGACCGAAAGGAAAACCUCUUGCCUGAAUGGAAGAACCGUAACAAGAGCGGAAGUUUUGUUGAUAGACGCUUCGGUGAAGGAAGCGGAAAGAAUAUGGAAGGCAUGAAUAUGGAAGAUGCAAUGUUGGAACGCUUUACAAGGGAAAGACAGCAAAGAGCCAACAAGAUGAGCAUGUUCAAUUUAGACGAUGCGGAAGAAGAAGGCCUAACCCACUAUGGCCGCAGUCUAAAUGAUUUAGACGAGUAUGACGACAUUCAUUUGUCCGAUGAAGAAACUGGUGAGGAUAGGAUGGCGCACUUUGGAGGUUUUGGAGAUGAAGAACAGGCAAAUGAGGAAGAAGAUGAAGACAGACAAAAGACGAAAGCAGAAGUCAUGAAAGAAGUUAUGGCUAAAUCGAAAGCUCAUAAAAUGGAGAGACAACAGAUCAAAAUGCAAGACGAAGAUUUGCGACAACAGUUAGACGAUGAUUUUGGAGACCUACGUAGUCUAUUGAUGGGUGGAGGAGCUCUACCAGAACCAGCAGCAGAAGAGAGAAAAGAACUGCCUUCUGCUGAAUCUGCGCCUGUCGAUCCUAAGAAGGCCAAAGAGAAUGCAUAUGACGCUGCUGUUCGCGAGAUGGUAUUCGAACGAAGAGCCAAGCCUCAAGACCGGUUGAAGACUGAAGCCGAAAAAGCUCAAGAGCUUGCUGAGAAGCUUCAAAAAGCAGAAGAUCAACGAUUGCGACGAAUGAGGGGAGAAGAGAUUGAAGAUGAGAAAGGCAACGACCGCAAAGGAAGAAGAGGUCAGCCUGCUGGAGGUGAUGAUUUGGAAGAUGAUUUCGAGUUAGACGGCAUGACAAGCCGAGAUGUAUAUGGUCUUGGUCAAGGUUUGCGUGGAGAAGAUGCGGAAGAUGAUGAAGAGGAAGACGCAGAAGAAGAGGAUGAGGACGAAGAAGUCUCUGGUGAUGCGGAAGAGGAUGAAGGAGAAGACGGAGAGGGUGAGGUCGGAUCUGAUGAAGCAGAAGAAGACGAUGACUUUGAUGAUCUUGCAGACAUGAAAGCAUUAGCAGGCACGGGUGAAGACAUGGAUACAGAUGCAGAAGCCGAGCCAGAAAACAUCGUCAGUAAAUCUACAAAGAAGGGUAGCAAGGCAAAAACAACACACAUUUUGCCAUUCACCUUUCCAUGCCCAGCCACGUUGGACGAGCUGCUAGCAAUUCUGUCAGUCAACAAGGUCGAGGCUGAUGAUGUUCCUGUUGUGAUCAAGCGUAUCCGUGCAGUACAUCAUUCUUCUUUGGCAGAAGAUAACAAGUUCAAGUUGCAAACGCUGCUUGGGGUCUUGCUUGAUUAUAUCUUGCACGUUUUCGUCAAGCUCAAUGCAUCGAACAAGUCGGAAACAAUGAACACGAUCAAUUCACUCGUACCUCAGCUUUACACUUUGACUAAGACAUACCCAGUUGCUGCAUCCGAACAUUUCGUGGGCAAGCUAGCCCUAAUGCAACGAAAUCUUACAAGAGGACUGAGCAAAGGAGCUCUCAAUGCAGAUGCAAGGACAUGGCCGGGAGUACCAGAAUGUAUCCUAUUAAAGGUCACUUCCACCGUAUGGCCCACCAGUGAUCGUUCUCACCCUGUCACCACGCCUUUGGCUUUGCUCGUCUGCCAAUAUCUUUCCAGCUGUCGGGUGCGAAAUGUUCAAGACAUCAUUAAAGGUCUCUUCCUCUCUUCUCUCGUCGCAGAAAACGAACGUCAAUCCCGCCGUCUGGUACCUGAAGCCCUCAACUUCUUGCAUAAUUCAAUCACUCUUCUCCUACCUUCGGUUUCGAUCAAGCAAUUAAGCUCAGUGAAUCGUCAAUUCGGUAUCCCUUGGCCGGACAUACAGGAGACGAUUGCUAAAGAGAUCCGUCUGGGUGCCAAAGUUCCAUCGGAGGCACCUAUCGAACAGCUCGACUUCGUGCAAUUGAUUGGGUCAAAUCUUUCUGCAUUGCAAAAUGCUGAGCAUGACGCAAUCAAGUCUCAAGCACUAGUCGCCUCGAUGACAUUGGUAGAAGAGUUUGCUCGACUUUAUUCUGGUUCUAUUGGAUUCGUUGAACUUUUCAAACCGUUUGAUAUGCUACUCAGUGGCUCAAUCUCCAAGGCAAAGUUGCCUGCAGAGUGGCUAGAGCAAAAGAGAAACUCAACUCAUGAAAAGGUGAGCCGAAUGGUGAACAAUACCGCUCGUCAAAGAAGAGCGUUACGCUUGCAAGCACAUCGAGCGAUCCCCAUUGCUUCACACGUUCCUAAAUUCGAUCAAGGUUUCAAUCCUGAACGUAAAGGAGGAAGAACAUUUGAUCCAGAUGCACAAAGAGCAGAAGUUGCUAAAUUACGUGCGUUGGCCAAGAAAGAACGUAAAGGAGCCAUGCGUGAAUUACGUCGUGAUAAUGAAUUCUUGGCAGAUGCUCGUCGUGAAGCAAGAGAAGAAGAAGAUUCAAGGUAUGCCAAACAGAUCGACAAGAUCAUGGGCUCUUUCUCUGCCGAAAGAGGAGAAGAGAAGGCAUACCUUCGUGAAAAACAAAAGAUCAAACGUAGAGCGGGGAAGAAGUAGAUCUUAUUCAUUGUACAACAUAUUCUUAUCAUUUUUUCAAUUGUAUAUUACAUCCUUGCAAAUUUUAAGGAA